AUGUCUGACGCCGCCGUUGUUGAAGCCACCGCAUCUCCAGUCGCCGCUGUUGAGAAAAAGGCACCUAAGAAAGCCGCUGCCAAGGCAAAGAAACCCUCUGCUGCCCCAAGCCAUCCACCAACCCAACAAAUGGUCGAUGCUGCCAUCAAAACAUUGAAAGAACGUGGUGGUUCCUCAUUGCCUGCCAUCAAGAAAUACUUGGCCAGCACAUACAAAGUUGAUGCUGUAAAAUUGGCCCCAUUCAUCAAGAAGUACUUGAAGAGCGCUGUUGCUAGUGGAAAAUUGAUCCAAACUAAAGGUAAGGGUGCCUCCGGUUCAUUCAAAUUGUCCCCAUCUGCCUCGAAGGAACCUAAAGCAAAGAGCGCUGAAAAGAAGAAGAAGGCCCCAGCCGGUGAUAAGAAAAAGAAGGCAGCAGCACCCAAAAAGGCAGCCGGUGAAAAGAAAGCCGCUGCAAAGAAGCCUUCCGCUGCUAAAAAGACCGCCGAGAAGAAGAAGACCGAAAAGGCCAAGGCUAAAACUGCCAAAAAGACAGGUACAGUUAAAGCUAAACCCGCAAAAACAGCCGCCAAAGCAUCAGCCACUAAACCAAAGGCACCCAAGGCAAAAACCACCGCUGCCAAGCCCAAAAAGGCUGCCGCAGCAAAGAAGCCAGCUGCCAAGAAGACCGCCGGGAUCUCUCAUUGCGAAGUACGAUAA